AUGCCCCUCUUCCAGCAGCCCGACGCCACCUUCUGCGGCAAGGAAAUCCAGAGUGGGGCCGUCUUCUACUCGGUCGCCCGGCAUUACGUCUUCUCCAUCAAGACUGCAGCUUUGUCGGGCGGCUUCACGGGCGACUACGAGUUUGUUCCAAGGGCAAACCUGACCAGCGAUGCGCUGCAAACCGCCGAGUGUGCCUUUCGCGUCGAACGCGAGCGAGCUGAACUGAAGCUCGCCGAACUAGGCACGAUCGAUGUCUACGAGUUGCGCCCCCAGAAGGUGUUCGUAAGCCGCGAAAGUCAUCUAUCAGAUUCUCUAUUCAUCCACUCUUCCUAUUCGGUCUUGCUGCACUUCUAUUCGGGACCGAAAAACGUCAGGAACAGUGGAUUCCGGCUGGAAUACACGUAUGGAAAGCAGGAGCGGCUUCCAGACAUCGCGGGCGGCAUCCAAACCGACUCCACCUUCUCCGAAUGCACCCUGCAGAUUUCAUCGAAAAAUGGGAAAAGCGGGAAGAUUGCCUCAUCACAAUUGGCCUCCCGCUCCAGCUCGUUACCCUCGAAAUGUGUGAUCGUCUUUGAGGGCAAUCAAAACGAGAAGGUCUCCGUCCGCUUCACCUACUUCAAUCUGUACGCCCCUGAGCACGCGAACACGACGAAGCGAUGCGCCGAGUAUGACCAUCUUACAGCGGCCGUCCGCGUCGGCGCGCGAUUCUCCAGAAUUGAUACUUGGUGCUCGAAGGACGUGCCCCCACAGUUGAUGAGCAGCUCUAACAUUCUGCAAAUGGAGUAUAACACGAAGUCCUCCCGCGCGGUACGCGAAUCGGCGAGCCAAGAGGUCGGAUUUCGCCUUGAAUACAACUUCCAUGCCGACUGGAAUAUGGGAGAGAUGGAGGCACAGUACGACUCAAGUCGAGGCUGUCGCUUUGUGUUCAACUCGUCCAGGAAGGAGUCGGGGAAGUUAUGGUCUAUCAACUACCCCGGCCUCUACCCCCGGAAUCUCCUUUGUGAAUACAUCUUCCAUGGACGCGAAGACCAAAUCGUUCACAUCCACUUUGAAUACUUUGAUGUCGAGGGAUUCAACCAAUGCGACGAACAGUCGCAGAGUGAUUUCGUCUUGUUCAGCAACUAUCAGAGUCCCGACCGAAAUAAUCGACGGGUCUGCGGAAGAUUUCUGCCCAGAAUAUCGACAAUGUCGGAGUCGAACUACUAUCGGAUGGUUUUCUCGACGAACGAGAUCUUUGAUGCCACCGGUUUCUAUGCACAUUAUCAGUUCCUCUCCGCGCACCAAAACCCGACAAUCUCGAAGGUGAAAUUCACCCCUUCGGCCGCCUCAUCGACCCAUUGCUCAGUGGCACUUCUCUUGCUCUACGCCUUGAUAUCCGCCAACGCU